AUGAUGCAGUCACUUAAUGGUUCUUUCUGCUCAGGACAUACGAAUUCUCUUGGUAUCAGUCGUUGUUUUAGUCCUUUACAAAAUAGGAAUGUUACGCAAUCAAAUAAAUCAGAAAUUAGUGGUCCUCAUAUCUUGUUCCUGUUGCCAUCAAGUUAUAAUAGUUGGUAUGGUGUUACCGACGAUUCUGAUUCUGUUGCAUCCUUGUAUAGACAGUGGUGCAACAAAGGUUGGUUGUGGUGUUUCAAUCAGAUUGAAAGUCGAUUUAAAGUCAGUGGUGAAUUGAAUACUAAGGAUGAAGAUCUUCUCCAGUUUCUUGUCCAUUUACGUGAUUAUGAUCCGUCAAUUUGUGAUGAAACAACUUAUUCAUGCAGUAAAAAAUUACUAGCUCGUUUGGUGGACAAGUCGAAAUCGCAUGAAUUCAACAGUCUUAGAGCUGAUGAAGAGGCGACUUCAAAAGUCAUCCAUCACCAGAAAUUCAAUAAUACUGAAUCGGAGAAGAGUAAUAUGAAGUCAUCACAACACGGUUCGCCAACAGAAAUAAAUGACAGUGAAAUUUCUACCCCGACAGUUUUCAAAAGUUCAAUUGCACAAAAACCACAGACAUUUGUUUCACCUUUAAUGAAGGUAAAUACAGUAAACCCCACAUCACCUUUGAAGGUUGCAAAUGAUAAAAGAUCAACUAAAACUGACAAUAGUGAACAGUCUGAUGCAGAACCUAUGCAAACGGCACGUUCUCCACAAAACUUCACUUCAUCCUCGUCAAUCAACACUCCCAUUUGUUCUCCUUCUAAGACUCCAACAGGUUCUAUUCAUCACAUCCUACCAACUCUUUCCUGCUCACUGGUCGGAUUUUAUAAUUCACUGCAAAGUACUGCUGGUGUACAGGUGUCACACACGGUUGCUGUUGACCAAACUCAUUCUUCCACUCAUCUCCAGGAUUCCUGUUUGUCAAAUUUGAUCAGCGUUUGGCAGACCUUGGUCAGUGGUCUGUCUUGUCAGUUAGCUGAGACCAAGGCUGAACUUAUGCGCACUCGGGAACUUAAUGAACAGUUAUCAAAGCAACUUAACCAAACUAGCAAGCAGCUAUCAGAGGCCGUAGACAAGUUUCUUGAAAUUGAGAAGAACAACCGGGUUAUUUCAAAGAAUCCUACUGAAACUCCUGUACCUUCUACUACAACUAGUGUACUUGAGACUCCUAUCGGAGAACUUUCAAAGGCUAUCACUGAACUUCGACAGUGGCUUCCAGAGGGUAUGGCAUCAGCUGCCUGUGCUGCUGUCAGUGCGCGCUUGACCACUGUUCAUGCAAAGUCGCUCGGUCAGCAUCAAUCACCGAGUCAUUCCGAAUCAUUCGUACAGGCAAACAAUACUGAAAAAUCACCUGAAAAGCUCAAAAGCAGUACUAUAGUUUCGUCAUCUAAAUCGCAGGAUGAAGAUGCAGAACAGUUUCCUGAGGCUUAUGAACCCACUAUGAACUUCAAACCGGUCUUAGAAACACUACCAGAUCUUGUCGAGUUGAAAAGUGGAGAGGAAAAUGAACAACGUUUAUUUUGUGAGCGUGCUCGCCUGUUUCACUGGGAUAAGGAAAGUGAGAGUUGGAAAACUAAAGGUAUUGGAGAAGUUCGAAUUCUUAAGAAUCUGAAUACUGGUAAAUGCCGUUUAGUCAUGGGACGUGAUCAGGUUAAGAAAUUGUGUGCAAAUCACUGUAUUACUUCUUCGACUAAGCUAUCUCCUUCUACGAAAGACCCAAGAAUGACUAUGUGGGCAGCCAAAGAUUAUUCCGAGUCUAUGGAGGGUGUUGAUGAAGUUUUCAUGAUCCAGUUCAAAUCUACUGAGACACUUAAUGAAUUCAGUCGAGUUUUUUCUGAAUGUACCGCGAAAAUCGAUGGCAAUGCGAUUGCAGAGUUUUCGUCCGAAGUUAAAUAUAAGUCAUUUGAGAAGAAUCUUCCUGUUACACAGUCCCAAGCACCAUCUGCAGCAGGUGUUCAGUUAACCUCUUCUGCACCCAAACCUCCGAUAACAGAAAGUAAUAAUAAAACACAAGCAUCGAAACAGGUGGAUUCGAUACUUUCAAAGUUUGCUCCUAAAUCAGGUUCUUGGGAGUGCCCCACUUGUUUACUAUACCAUGAUUCUUCAGUUAGUUUGUGCUCAGCGUGCCAAACUCCUAAACCUGGCUCUAUGGGAGAGGCAAAUAUCAUCACUUCUAAGGCUAAUACAUCUACACCACUUUUUGGAGGUUUUUUGAAAAGUGCUGGUGGUUUUGUUUUUGGACAUUCAAAAGCUUCUGAGUCUACUGUUUCAGUCACGGCAAGCACAACCUCAAUAACAACAACUACAACACCUAAACCCGUAUUUAGUUUUGUUUCUACUUCUCCUAAACUUAACACAAAUAUAUUCCCUACAACAUCAUCUCAGACAUCGUUAUCAAAGUCGUUUACUUUUACUUCUUCCGCAACCACUAUGACUAUCUCUUCAUCUUUUGGUCACACAUUCCCUUCUGUUUUCCCAACCACUUUAUCAACUAGUGAGACAAAGCCAGCAUUGCAAACAUCUGUUUCAACUACUACUACUAGUGGUCAGUCAGGGUUCACUUUUUCUUUUGGUGACGCUUUAUCUAAAUUGAAUCAAUCCAGUAAACUGCCAACUAGUGUUCCAACUCCUACUCAUGGUGAUAGUCAUGUUGACGAAAACGGUGACGAUGAUAAAGUAGAACUAGUAGAUGACUCAAAACUUACUUUUAAACCAGUGCUGGAAGUUAUACCUAAGAAGAUUGAAGUGGUAACCGGAGAAGAAAAUGAUGAAGUUAUCUUUUGUCGUCGUGCGAAGCUUUAUCGCUGGGAUGACAAAACUUGGCAUGAACGUGGAGUUGGAGACUUAAAACUACUUCGUUCUACUGUAACUGGUGUAAUACGUUGUCUAAUGCGUCGUGACCACGUUUUAAAAGUAUGUUGUAAUCAUGCAAUUGGAGUUGGCAUGCAGUUGAAACCGUUGAAUACUGGAGGUGGUCGUGCUUGGAGUUGGUGGGCAAUAGAUUAUUCUGAGCAGUCUGAUGAGGUUAACCAGACGAAUGAAACUGAUUCGUCGGUUUUGAGUGGAGGUAAACGUGAAACAUUUGCUGCUCGCUUUAAGCUUACUGAACAUAGCGAGGAAUUCCGUGCUCUUUUUGAAGAAGCUGUGCAAGCAGCUGAGAAUCGUUUGAACACAUCUCAGUCAAGCGAGAAAAAGCCUCCUAAGAAAGAAACAGUAGAUUUAGACCAACAGGAGGAGGAUACCGACUCUGAUGUUGUAGUCGUUGAACUUCCUUUAAAGGUGUCUAGCGAUCAAGUUUCGCAAGCUCGCAGACUUAAAUUACCGGAUGAAUUUUACAGUUACGAGAAUGGUGAGGUGACCGGUGAACCGGAGCAUCUUACAGCACAAGAAGAGGCGGAGGAGGAUGCACUAUUAGAAGCUGCUAUACGGGGUUAUGCAAAAACUACUACAGACCAGUCGGCUAGUGAUUGUUCUGUUACACCUACACAACUGUCUAAGCAGAGUGAUACUGAGAAUAAAGCAAUUACCGGUUUAUCCUCUGCCACAUACAUGUUUCAAAGCAAAGGCUUGAUUGAUUUUUCAGCGCUGAAUGCCGCUGUAUCUAAAGUUGACCAACCAACUUGGGGCUCUUCUACUAAAACAUCAGUAUGGAGUAAUGUAGGCGCACCGCUGUUCGCUAAACCUACUGGUGAAACUGACCAAAACGAAGAAGAUCCAUCUGGUACUGAACACGACCCACAUUAUGAACCGAUUGUUGCACUUCCCAAACUUGCAGAGACUAAAACUGGCGAAGAAGAGGAGCUUUGUAUUUUCCUUCGACGUUGCCGCGCCUACCGUUAUGUCGAUAAAGAAUGGAAAGAGCGUGGUGUUGGCGAAAUAAAAGUUCUUGUCCGCCCUCGUACCAUGCCAGCGGAUGCUCAUUAUGGACCACGCGAUGUUGUCCCACUAGAAUAUAAAUUAACUGAUAUAGGACGGGCACGUAUUCUGAUGCGCCGCGAUCAGAUUUUGAAAUUGUGCUUGAAUCAUCCUAUAAGUGUUGAUUUACCUGUGUUGAAACCAAUGAGUCAAUCUGCUAGUGGCAACAGUUUAUGUUGGGUUGGUGAAGAUUACAGUGAAGGUUCUGGGAGUCUUGAAACACUAGCAGUCCGAUUCAAGUUUGAUACGGAUGCUAAUGAAUUUAAAGCUGCAGUGGCGCGAGCGCAGUCGGCACUGAAGAGUUCAUGAUCUUAAAAAGGUAAAUACGUGUAACAAGGUUAGAAUUUAUGCUAAGUUUAUGUGUUGCAUAGAUAGACACUUCUGUUUGGGAUAAAUAAGAUUUGUUCUUUCUAAGGUAUUGCUAUUGGAGUAUGUAGCGCGUUGCAUGAUAUCUAUUCACGGUUUGAAGUGAUAUCUCGUCACUCUAACGGGUCAUUAUAGACCAGUUUUAUACAAUUUAUUUGUCACUAUAUUUUCUUUUCCAGUCUACCAUUUGUCCGAAUAACU